UUGUCGCGUCACGUGGGUCCGUGUCGAAGAUGGCGGCUGCCGGCGGCCUGGGGAGUCGUAGCGCAGCAGUUCAGACGGGCCAGAUAAUGGACACGGGGAGUGGCGGCGCCACCGAGGAGCCGCCGGGGGGCUGCUCAGACACCGUGCUACCGGGGUUCAGGGAUGCCGACUCCUUCGUCAAGCAUGCACUUGGCACUGUGGUGGCUGCUACUAAGGCAUCUAAUGGGCUCCCUCAGCCUGGAGAUGAAUAUGACUUCUAUCGCAGUUUUCCUGGAUUCCGGGCAUACUGUGAAACGCAAGGUGACAGGCUGCUUCACUGUAUGAGCAAGGUGAUGCAGUAUCAUGGCUGUCGCAGUCACAUCAAGGAUCGUAGCAAAGCAACAGAGCUGGAAGAUAAAUUUGAUUUGCUGGUUGACUCCAAUGAUGUCAUUCUUGAAAGAGUGGGUAUUUUACUGGAUGAAGCAGCAGGAGUGAACAAGAACCAGCAGCCUAUCCUCCCUGCAGGGAUGCAGCUCCCAAAGACAAUUGUUUCCAGCUGGAACCGUAAGAGUGGAGAAUCCCACAGAACAAAGUCUGAAACCUUCCGAUUGCUACAUGCCAAGAAUAUCACUCGACCACAGCUCAAAUUUCGAGAGAAGAUUGACAAUUCCAACACUCCCUUUGUACCUAAGCUUUUUGUCAAACCCAACGCUCUGAAACCGCUGCCUGAAGCACUCGCAAAAAGCAGGCGGGAGCGAAAGGAGCGUCCUGAGGACUUGGAUGUACCAGCUGCUCUAGCCGAUUUCCUCCAUCAACAGAGAACUCAGCAGACUGAACAAGACAUGUUUGCUCAUCCUUACCAGUAUGAACUGGAGCACUUUGUUCCACCAGAUGAAGCUCUUGAGAAACCACAACUCCAGAUGUACAGGCCUGUUGAGGACACACCCUGCCAUUUUAUCUCCACCCUGGAUGAGUUGGUAGAACUGAACGAAAAGCUUGUAAGCUGCAAAGAAUUUGCUGUGGAUUUGGAGCACCAUUCCUAUAGGAGUUUCCUGGGCUUGACAUGUCUGAUGCAGAUUUCCACCCGGAUGGAAGAUUUCAUUAUUGACACUCUGGAGCUACGUAGUGACAUGUAUAUUUUGAAUGAGGCCUUCACGGACCCUGCUAUUGUGAAGGUCCUUCAUGGUGCCGACUCAGAUGUGGAGUGGCUACAGAAAGAUUUCGGUCUGUACUUAGUGAACAUGUUUGAUACUCACCAGGCUGCCCGUCUCCUCAACCUUGGCAGGCACUCCCUGGACCACCUGCUAAAACUCUAUUGCCAUGUGGAAACUGACAAGCGGUAUCAGCUGGCUGACUGGAGAAUUCGCCCUUUGCCAGAGGAAAUGAUCCAGUACGCCCGAGACGACACUCACUACCUGCUCUACAUUUAUGAUAAAGUGAGAGAGGCACUAUGGGAGAGAGGAAAUGGACAGCCCACUCAGCUGCAGGUGGUGUGGCAGCGCAGCAAGGACAUCUGCCUGAAGAAAUACAUUAAACCCAUCUUCUCAGAGGACAGCUAUCUUGAGCUCUACAGGAGGCAGAAAAAGCAUCUCAACACGCAGCAGCUAACAGCUUUUAAAUUGCUAUUUGCCUGGAGGGACAAGAUGGCACGCCAAGAGGAUGAGAGUACAGGGUAUGUGCUACCAAACCAUAUGCUACUGAAGAUAGCAGAGGAGCUGCCCAAAGAACCCCAGGGCAUCAUUGCUUGCUGCAACCCGAUCCCACCACUAGUCCGCCAACAGAUCAACGAAAUGCAUCUCCUCAUCCAACAGGCCCGAGAGAUGCCUCUGCUCAAGUCUGAAACUGCAACAGCGGUGAAGAAGAAAGGGUCUCUACCCAACCCAGAGAGGCUGGAGAAUCAUUUGUUUGGACCUCAUGACAAUUCACGUGUUCCUCUGGAUGAUAUUCAGAACCUCUCAGCCUUAGAACCUGCACCAGUUCUGGAAUGCGGGAGCCUCUUUUCGGACAGCGAGGGGGAGAUGGACGGCACAAGGAUAUUAUCCAAUUCCACAUGUCUUGUUGCUACAGCCACUAUCAGUAUAUUCAGUGAGCCUGAUGUGGAUGAAGGGAAUGAGAAGAACUUAACAGUCGCACAGCAGAAGGCUCAGCGCAUAAUGGAGUCCUUUGAAAAUCCGUUUAGAAUGUAUCUGCCUUCAGAACAGAAUCCUGCCCACAUCUCACAAUCAGCAAAGUUUGACCCAUCAUCAAAAAUUUAUGAAAUCAGCAAUCGGUGGAAGUUGAUGAGUCAGGCACAACUGCAGAAAGAGGCAAAGGAAGAAGCCAAAAAGAAAGCAGUACAGCAGAGAGCCGCUCGUGAACAGGUGCAGAAGGAGUGCAAAGCAACAGCAGAGAAUAUUGUCUCAGUCCGUCAGCAAGCUGUGCAGGAACAGGCCAGCAAGAAGAGGGAGAGAAUUACCAGUGAACCAGGAACCGAGACACCAAAACAAGAGAAGAAACGGCCAAAAGCCUCCCAGCAGCCAGAGGAGCAGGAAAUGCCAAAGCAGUUCACCCCCUUUGAUUACAGCAAGUCUAACUUCAAGGUGUUCGCGGGAAACAGCAAAUCCAAGCAGUCAUCCCAGUUUGAUCCAGCCAAGCAGGCCCACACAGGCAAGAAAUUCUCUGGAGCCAACAAACUUCAGCACCCAGCUGGAAAUAAAAGCAUGUCCUACCUGGCUGGGAAAAGUGAUCGGGGCCCCAGGCACAGCUGGCCAAAAAGAUAGUGUUUUGUAAGAGAUCCUGUGGGAACUGCCAAUGAAGAAAAGUCUCUGUUGUCAAGCUGUGGAGAGGCAAAUAUCAAUCACUGCUGCAAUUUUUGUACAGAAAUCUUUUAAAAAUAAUUAAAACGCUUUUUCCAAAGGGGAAAACCAAUUUUAAUUGUUUUGUCUUUGGCCUUUAUUAUAUUUACAUUUUCAAAAGUGGUUGGAAAAUGUAUUUGGUGUCCGGCUGAACCUGUUGCCACCUUCCGCUGUCUGGAAGAGCAGAAUUCGACAUGUCAGUUGGAUGUGGGAUUAACCUGGUUCGUAUUGCCAAAGCCAGCACAGAAAUAAUCAAGAGAUUCAACAAAUGUGCAAAUAUUUGUGACUUGAACUAGAUAUAGGGGAACAAAUCCUAUACAAAUAUAACAGCGAAGGAACUAGAGCCAGACUGUCCCUAUGACGCCAAACUGCCUGUUUAUUCUGCAAGCCACAGUAAUGUAGAAAAUGCAUUUGCUUCCCAAGCAGUAAUAAUUUCAGUGCUUAGAAGAGAAAAGCGCAGGUACUUCUGAAUUGAAUGAAAACCAACAAUUACUGCUUUGCUUGACUGUUACAGAAAUGAACACAGGGACUGAAAGCCAUGUAAAUAGGUUGAAGGUUAAAACACAACUGGAGAAGACUGAAGGGAUCUAUUUGACAUUGCUCACUCCUGUGCUACUCUGUAUUUGAAUGUCUGAGAAUCUCAAAGCUUGUUCCACGUGUUGAAAAAUGAAGGCUUAUUAAUGCCCCUGUGAGGCAGGUAAGUAGUAUCCCCAUUUUACAGCUGAAGGAGCACCAAAUUGAAGUGACUUGGCAAAGUCAUACACUGAGUUAGUGGCAGAGCAGAUACUAGAACUCUGGACUCCUGGUUGUCUGCUCUGACCCCUGGGUGCUGCUCCCUUUCCUAUUGUCCUUGUCCUUUUUUCCUCAGACCUGCAUCACUGCAUAAUGCUGCUCUGUUUUUUAAUCUUCCUAUUUGAGCCUAAUCUCUAAGUGUUAAGCAGCAGGUGAGCGAAUGCAAAAAGGUCCUUUCUGUUUUCAGAGGCUUCCAAUCUGAGCACUUUAUUUCACACAAAAAUUAGCGACGUGCAGGGUGGGUUUUGUUCAUUUAGGAGUUUUGCCAUGAAUAGUGUCAGGCAAAUUACAUUCAGAGUGGCCGAGCUGGGUCCGUUCCUGCUCAUGAAAGCCAUUUGCACAGCUGAAUAUGACACCUGCAGAAAGUCUUUGAAGGGGUGCAGUUGAACAGCAGUUUUCUUUGUGAACGUGCCAUUCCACAGCCCACUCCACAUUUGCUGCCAAUUGCAAUUCCCUUUCAGCUUUGCCACCUCUGCUACUUUUUUAAUGGAUGUAUCAGUGAAUCUAUUGAAAGACCUAGUGACUGUGGGGAUUAAAAUAAUCUUCUGGUUGCUAGAGGCUCCUUUUCCUCAUUUUAGACGUAUGUGCAAUUAACAUUUUCAAAGGUUGGGCUUAAAUUUCAUCUCUUUUUUUGAAUUGAGGUUUGUCAUAGGUUUUAAAAAUUCCCUUAAUGAAUAUGACUGGCAAAUUUAUGCACGUUUUAUCCACGUAAGUGAGAUUAUCGCUAUAAUUCAGAUGCAGUCCUCAUGCUGCACUUUUAUGUUGCAGGGAUAUUUUUUUUCGACCAACAGCCAAGGAACUCUUUUUUUGCUUAAAAAUAAUUUUUGAUAACGUCUUAGG